AUGGGGGACCCUUCCCGCUCCAGCGCGUUGUCGGUUGCAGCCCCUUCUCAUGUGGUGCUCAGCCAAACGAAGCGAGACGGGAGGCCUCCCCGGGCCGAUGCCGCUGCGUGGCGCUCGCCGCACCGGAGCCUAGCAGAGGGCCGUGUGGCCGCCGCGGCCGCAGCCGCAGCCAGGAAGGGCGGAGCGGCAGGAACUGCUAAGGCGAGGCGGUCUGACAUCAGUUCCUCUGGCUGGCGGGGACCGGAGUUUGCUUCCCGUCGAUGCCACAAGUCCCAAGCGCCGAGCCCCGGGCGGCUGCCCUGGGGCGCCAGAGGCUCAGCCGACGCCGCCCGUGAAGAGACCGCUUCGCAGCAGCAGCCUCAGCAGCGAUCGCAGCCCGCGGAUCCGGCCCAGCUCGCGGCGCUGCUUUCUCCCUCCCGGGGGCGCGCAAAAAGUCCCGCCGCCGCAGCGUCAGAGGCGACCGGAGAGCAGCCCAGCAUGAGCAACGGCGGCCGGCGCCCGGGCACCCGGGUGGCGGUGAAGAUGGAAGUGGCCCCUUUCUACGCUGAGGAAGGGCUGGAGCUGCUGCCGGACUUCGUGCAACUGCCCGGCUUUGGCGCCGGGGGACCCCCGGGGCUGCAGGUGGCCGAGGACAGCGGGGUGGAGCAGCACAAGAUGCUCCUGGUUGGAAAGAAGCCGCCGCCGCGGGACUUGGUCGGAGCGGCUUCCCCCAGCGGCGCCCUCCCCCCGGCGGGGCCCUUCUCCUCGCUGCGCCCCCGCGGGACCGCCGCCGUGCACCGCCUCGUCCAAGAGGCGCCGGGCAGCGCCGCGGCGGAGGUGGGCCCGGGCGGCUUGCAGCCCUUGCUGAAGCUGCCGGCCGCCGCCGACCUGGAGCAGCUGCUCAUCCAAGCGGGCAGCCCCGGCCUGGCCGGUCCGCCCAGCCCCUCGGCCGGCGGGCCCUCGGUGGCGGGCGCCGGGGGCCCCUUCCUCUACCGGUCCCCGCCGCCGGCCGCGCAGCAGGCGGUGACGCAGGAGCAGGAGGGCUUCGCCGACGGCUUCGUCAAGGCUCUGGCCGACUUGCACAAGCAGAACCAGCUGCUGGGGAUCCCGCCGGCGCCGCUGUCGCCCACCCAGCACCCUGUGGGGCCCUGCUGCCCCCCGGCCCGGCAGGACCCUCCGGCCGUCUACACCACCCUGGGCGGCUUCAACCCGGCCAGCCCGUCGGCGGGCGGCACCUUCUUCCCUCCGCCGCCCGUGGCGCGCUCGACGGGCCGCGCUCUGGAGGAGCCGCAGACGGUGCCGGAGUCGCCGGGGGUGGUGGGGCCGCCCGCCGGCCCCCUCUCCGCCUCCUCGGCGCUGUCGUCGGGGGAGUCUCCGCCGCCGCCGUCCGCCUCGCUGUCCCCGCUGGACGCCGAGAGCCAGGAGCGCCUGAAAGCCGAGCGCAAGAGGCUGCGCAACCGCAUCGCCGCCUCCAAGUGCCGCCGGCGCAAGCUGGAGCGCAUCGCCCGCCUGGAGGAGAAGGUCAAGGCGCUCAAGGGCCAGAACGCCGAGCUGGCCGCCACCGCGGGGCUCCUGCGCGCCCAGGUCAGCCAGCUGCAGGGCCGCGUCCGCAGCCACCUCUCCAGCGGCUGCCACAUCAACGCCGCCGCCGCGGCCCCCCCGGGACAGACCUCGGCAGCCCCCGGGCAGCAGCCCCCGGGCAGGGAACCAGCGCCUGCGGAGCCGGAGACGGGCGCCUGCUGAAGCGGCCGAGCCCUGGGAAGAGGGGGCCAGGAAGAAGAGGGCCAGUGGGAGGCGCGCCGCUUUGCUUGGCAGGGGACGAGCCCUGGAUGCAAGCCCUGCCGGGGGCCCUGACGGAGACCCGCUCAGCUGCAAACUCUUGAGGUCCGCAGGGUGCUUUUGCAUCCCUCUGGGAAAGGCAGGGAAAGGCAUGGCCGCUAACCCUGUUACCAGCUUCUACCCAAGGUCCUCAGGAGGGCCUGUCCAGCGGCAGGAGAGAAAAGUAUUUAUAAAGAGGGACAGGAGAGGAGAUGCUCCGCAAAGAGACCCAAAAGGUCCCCUUGGAGACGAUCGCAGCUUUGGGGACGUUUUUCCAGAGUGGAGUUUUUAAAAAGUGCACGGCCUUCAACCUCGAGAAGUUUGGAAGUUUGGAGCAUCUCCUGAAGUCAACCAGUUGCUGCCAAGCCAUGAAAGUGAGGAGGGAUUGAUCACCGGAUGGUGGUGGCAGUGUUCCCAGGAGCUCCAAGCAAAUACUGUAAAACAAAAGUUGCAGAGGGAAAAAAAGUGGUUUUCAGCUGGACCGGCCAUGCCUUUCUGGCAGUCCCCAAAGACUUGAGGAAGCCCGAGGCCGAAUCCUGCAGCAAGUGAUCUUCAGAAAGAGGCGGGGUUUGAAAAUGUGCUCACUUUCCCAGUUUCUCCCCGCCUGCAGGCUCGAAAAGAAGAGAUUUGCAGAUGAAAGAUACCAGUACCUAUGGCCUUUUUGUCUGUUGUCGCUGAAAGUCCAAAGAUCUUGUCAAACUGCUCACCUGAGCUUAUGGUGCGGGCAGAAAAGCUGUCUUUGCUGAAAGCUUUGCGUCUUUAGAUAUUUCUGAACUCCUGUUUUUGUGGUAGAGCAUCACCAGCUUUUCUGUAAUGGGUACCAGGGAUUGCUUAAAACUCCCGUGUCUGAUUGCAGGUUUAUUUAUUGCUUUUUAGUAAAGGAUAUUGGUUCUCACAGACGGAUUGUAGAUGUCUAGCAAGGUGAAUUUACAGUGUGGAAACUGCAAGGCAUUUCAAUAGACUUGUAGUAUUUUUAGAAACAGUUCCUACAGUUUGCCCGUGGAUGCUUUCGUGAAAUGUUUCUCAAGAAUUGGAUAGGCUGUGGCUAAUAACAGGGCUAGUUCAGUCUUGUUUUCCAAGAGACAGCUUUAUUUUCCUGCUCGUAGAUGUUUCAUGCGUUGCUAAAAGCUUGAAAAAGCCAAAAUCUAGUUGUCUAGGAAGAGUUUGUAUAUACUAUAUGAAAUGUGGCAAAAUUAUUUUUUUCUUGGUACUGAGAGAAGUCUGAGGAUGGUUAGUUUGCUGUACAAAAAAAUGUUUCAGUUGCAGCUGAGGAUUUUAUAAAUGUAGGAGCAUUUUCCCAUUAUGAAUGAUUAAUACUGCAUCAGAAGAGAGUUUGCCACCUAAAAUGGAUAUAUUUAUUUAAAGAUUUGUGUGUUAAGAAAAUAAGGUUUUUGUUCCUAAAUUUAUGAGCUUCAUAUUUCUUGUGUCAGAGUAGAGUUGGGCAUUGGCAGGCUUAUUUAUUGAAACUUUUAAGAUGUCAACUUUUAUUUUUAUAGCAGAUGCAUAAAACAAAUGGUGUUGGCAGAGUAAAUAACUAAUGCUUUAUCCUUACUGUGUACAUUCCAACUGUAAUGGUUCCAUCUGUGACUUUAGUGCUAUGUACAGAAAAGGGCUCAGAUUGGAUUUUUAAAGAUACAGUUAUAAUUCCAUUGUACUAUGUUUUGAGUAACUCAAAGAAAUGUGGGUAAUUUUUUUCCAGAAGAACUGUGUAUAAACUAUUUUCUCACUCUGUUUCAUUGUAAGGUAUUUUGUAGUUCUAAGGGUGGGAGAGUAGAAAGAACAUUCUCAAGUGUUGUUUUAAAGGGUCGGAAAGGGUUAGCUGGAUUUUGAAGUGGGAUCAUAAACUGUUCUCUCCAGUGCAUGUUACAUUGAAGGUUUUCUAUGUUUUCUUGGUAAAAUGAGUUUUAGUUUUUUCAAAAGAAAGGCACAUAGCUUGGAUGAGCCUCCAAGGACAGUUUUAUUGAGUCCUGUGGUUCUUAGAAUCAUUUUAGCUUUGGUUUUAAACUCAAAGAAUCCUUGCAACAUACAUAUACCUGGAAAUAUAUGUGUUCUGACUUAUAGUGCUGUGUGGAGAGAGAACAAAGUAGGGUUGCCACCCACCAGGUGUGGCCUGUGGUUCUCCUGGAAUCACAACUGAUCUUCAGAGUACAGAAGCCAGGAAUUUCCCAAGCUGGAGGUGGCAGUCCUAAAGACAGAAUUAUUUUUGACCCUGUAAAAAGGUACUGUGACAACCCUGUUUAGUAAACAAGAUUGAAACAAGUGUAUUAGGACAAUAAUACCCUGUGUCUAGAUUUGUAGGAGCCUCAACUUGCUUUCAAAUAUAACUGGCAAUUCUUUCAAUCAACUUCUAUUAAAUUACCAAUGCUUCAUCAAUAUUACCAUCUGUUACAUACCACCUUAGCUGUUAAUUGUUACAUUCAUGCCUGUUUUAGUUUUGGGAAAUAAGACCAAAAUAUUUGUGUCAGAAAAAGUUAUAUACAUUUUUCAGUUAAAGGAUAUGCCUGUUCUAGAUGAUCUCGUGGGAAGAGGUAGAUCUGAUUCAUCAGCAAUUCCCUCAUCCUUCCUUUGCCGCCCUCCUUUUGGUCCUUUUCAGUUCCUCCUUUGCAUGCAGCCAAGAAACAAGUAUUCAGGUGGUAUUGUUUGAAGUAUAACUUUCCAGCAAAUCCUUCAAAAGAUAUAAAUGCCUGUUGAACAACUCAUUGGAAUGACUGUACUUUGAACAAAGCUGAGUACGCCUCAUGUCGCAAUCUUUUCUGCCAGGCUCUUGUUCUAGAAUUAUUAAAUCUCAAAAUAGAGUGUUUUUUCAUGCUUAGAAUAUAUUAUAAUUGCACAGUGAUUCUCCAAGGCUGCAGAGUAACUGUGUUUCAGUCUGAGUCUGCAACUGUGUGUUGUGAUCUCCAGGGCUGCAUGCUGCAUAAGUUUUGCCAAAAGCAAAUUGUACCCCUUGAAAUAUCUGCAGUGUCUGGAUUGUCCAUCCUUAAGUAGAACAGGCUUUAAAUGUUGCCCGUAAUUUUUAUUCAGAUUGAUCUUUACCCCUGUUUCUCUGCCCAUAAUCCAGCCCGGACAAAACUGGUUUGUUUCAUAUUUAUAAUAGCAAUCUUUCUGUAUUUAUUAUUGUAAGGCUGUUUUAAUGCUUCUCUGGUCACGGGCUGCAUGUCUGAUUUCUGCCCAAGCCAUCUUCUUAUUAGGGUGCUGUGUGGUUUCCGGGCAUCUUAUUCUCUAUAAUUAGAAAAAAUCAUGUUAAUUUUGAUCUAAAUUCUUUGCCCCCUUUCAUUCUAUAUAUACCCUGUUUUGGCAUAAGGUAUUCAGUAAUUAUACACCUUUUAAGAGAGAGAUUUCCCAUCUGUCUACCUUCUCCUCAUCUCUUCUGAUUUGCUUUACGUGUCUGUGUGAAUGGAUGCUGUAACUUCAUAAUUUAGCUGUUGCUGUUUAAAUAACCUUUAAGAAAACUCCCCAAAGUAAAGUUCUAGACUGAAUGGUACUCACCUGCCUUAGAACGUCAGUAGGUAAAUAUUCAGUAUUUUCUAGUGACCUCGAUGGCUCAGGUGACUUGCUUUUGUCGAACCAAAACGGAGUUCCUCUGCCAGUGGAAAGGGAUGCCUUUGGGGAAAUUUCAAAUCUUCCUUUGGCUAGAGAGAGGGAUCUAUUGACAGUUUGGUUUUCCUGUACAGCUAGUAUGAACUCAGGUAGUAAUUCACAUGGGUGUCUUACUGGAAGGGCUGACUAAUUUGUUGCAAACUUUAGUGGGUGAUGAUGUGUCACAACUCCUACCAGAUGCCUCUUUUAACACACCAAUGCGAUCGUUUUAGCUCUCCCAGAAUGUUUCCAGCUUUGGCUAGAAGCCGGGGUCCAGGUAUUGGCUUCUUCUUAAAAUGCUCCUCUUGAGAAGCUUUUGUAAGGUUAGAGACAGGGGACAGUGCUUACCGUAUAUACUCGAGUAUAAACCGACCGGAAUAUAAGCUGAGGCACCUAAUUUUACCACAAAAAACUGGGAAAACUUAUUAAGUGUAAGCCUAGAGUGGGAAAUGCAGCAGCUACUGGUAAAUUUCAAAAAUAAAAUAGAUACCAAUAAAAUUACAUUAAUUGAGGCAACAGGAGGUUAAAUGUUUUUGAAUAUUUAUUUCAAAGAAAAACAGCUUAGUUCCAUUAGCCAAACAUGACAGAACGACUGUGAAAUGGUUUUUUUUUUCAUUUCCUGUGGUUCUGAGUAAAAUAGUUUUGUCACUCGAGUAUAAGCUGAGGGGGGCUUUUUCAGCAUUAAAAAUGUGCUGAAAAAGUCGGCUUAUACACGAGUAUAUACAGUACUUUCCUAGCAAGUUUGUUAGCUUGUUCUUCAGAAAUGGUCCAGAACUGGGUUUAAAAAAUGCACCCAAGUUGAGGUGCUUGCUGACCCCAUUGGCUUGACUGAUGGGGGUGUUCCGUGUUUCAUUUGAAAAUAUUCGAAGGCAGGUCAAUAAAGAUCGAACAGCCAAGAAUAUGAAGUGACUUAUUAAGGGGAAGCUUUGAUGCAGCCAGCAAUAAACACUUUUAAAUUCCUUUUUCAGUUGCAGAGGUUUUACACGUAUGCUCAACUCUGCCCAUUAAAACAGUAGGAGUUUUUAAAAGAAAUGCCUGACUUUUCUUGAACCGAUUGCUUGCUUUUUAUGUUGCACUCAGAAUACAUUUUCAUAACCUUCUCCUGGAGUGAAAGGUUAUGGUAAAGAUUCAGAGACAUCUGAAUCUUUUUUUGUAACUUCUUCUUUUCUACUGCAACUUGACUAUAUUUUUAGUUAUACUGUGUUGUUGUUGGUUAGAGUGAUGCUGAACGUUGAUCCAAAUCUGUAAGUCUGGAGAUGUUGUUUGUUGCCAGUUUAAGAUCAUUUCUGUGCAAAUCAUUUUCAGUUGUUGAGAAAAUUUCUUCAGUUGGUAGUAAUAUCCUGAACUUUUAAACUUUCAUGUGAAAACCUUUUCUUUCAUGUGAAAAAACUUAACCUGAUCACUAAUCCCAAUUUCGCUUCUAAUGUGUAUUGUUCUGUUCCCAAUCUGGCAAGCAGAUGCAAACAUACAAUUCAUGUGCAUUUUAAGGUAGAAUGAGAGGAUAUAAGAUGAGUUCAGGCAUAUGAACCCAUAGUGUCUGUACAAAAAUAUCCCUUGAGAGGUCAACUGGCAAAGCUGAGUUCGGUUUUGAAUAGGAUGUAGAACAGUGGUUCUCAACCUGUGGGUCGGGACCCUUUUGGGGGUUGAACGGCCCUUUCACAGGGGUCGCCUAAGACUCUCUGCAUCAGUGUUGUCCAUCACAACAUGAGGAACUGUUUUAAAGGGUUGCGGCAUUAGGAAGGUUGAGAACCACUGAUGUAGAAUCUAGCUGCAAGAUGAUUAUGUUUUUGUUCUGCCAAAAAAACUUUGAAAGAAGGGCUGGGAAAAUAUUUCAUUUUAGAUUUUUUGUACCACUAGUCAAAUUAAAGAAUGUGCAUAGCAGAUCGGGGUGUGUUAAAUGCUCAAGUCACCUCUGACUUAUGGCAUCCCUAUCAAUUAAUGACGUCCAAAACAUACUAUUAUGAACAGCCUUGCUCAAGUCUUGCUAACUAAAGGCCAUAGCUUCCUUUAUUGAAUCAAAAAUUGAAACUAAAACCAAGCAAGUUGAAAUAGCAGGUCAAAACAAACCUAGGCAACAAUUCUGAGAACACCCUCCUGUGAGUAAGCUAAUGGAGGAUGAUCCACAAUUCUGUUUUUAAGGGUGCGGAAAAUGCAGAAACAAAACCAUUCCAGUAACAUAUAAGGAUUGGCUUGAGCUAUAUCUCCCUGUUUCUGUGUGGUCAGGCUACAAAGAGGAUCUCGUUGAAAGAGGUAAAAAGAGGUUACAGUUGUAUAAAGAAGUUAAGGACUUGGUGUACAAUUAAUGGUGCUUGGUUUGAUAGCAUACUGUAAAUAUAGUCUUGGCUGCUUUCCAUUGAAUAGUGAUUGAAACCUCAUUUGUGCUCCGCCCCACCUUAAAAAAAUCUUGUUUAGGUACCAGCAAGAGAAUAGUAAUAAGUAGUAAUAGUCUGUGUUGAAAUGGUCUCUGUGGGUCAACCAGGAGCUGAAAAUAUACCAUGUCCCUGAUGAGUCUUUACAAUGAGCGAUCAUUUGAUAGCUGUACUGAAACUGCUUUGAAGAAAAUUGGGAUUAAUGGCUUGAAAUUGAAUGCAAAUGCCUGAGUUACUGACAGAAAGUAUAAAUGCAUGACAUUUUCCUUUUUCAUAGCUUUUGUUCUGAACUCCUAAGCAAAUGUACAACCCAAUGCUAUGCAUGGUUGGAAGAAAGCCCUACUAGGUUCAAAGGGGCAUACUCACAGGUAACUAUGCAUAGGGUUUUAAUCUCAGUUUCUCAAAUAUGGCAGGAUAGAUCCAAGUCCUACUGGUAGGAGUUCAACUGAUGAUUGUACAGGUUAUUUAUAAUGAUUUGCUGAUUAGUCAUUGAAUAUACUUCGCUUCCAUCUGUAAUUAAAGUAGAAGUCGGCAUAUACUAGAGGAACUGUGUGGUGCAUAGAUCGUUGGGCGUAGGCUGGAGAGAGGAAUUUGAUUUUAAAUCCCAGCUCACCCAUGAUGCAGCUCACUAAGUAACCUUGGGCAUGUAGCUGUGUCAGUUUGACUUACCUCACAGGACACCUGCUAAGACAAAAUAAGUGAAGAUAAAAUAAGCAAAUCUCAUGUAUGCCUUUGAGUCUCUUUGAAGGAAGAACAGGAUACAAAUAUGAAACAGAAUUACGUGACACAACCGUGCUGUCCAAGUUCUUUUAACAAAAUCAAGACUGAAACAACAUUCUUCAGAUGUUAAACAUCAUUGAGAUGGCAAGGUCACUUGUUGGGAGUUCUGCCAAACUGCCUUUCCUCCAAGAAGAGGGAUGAGUAGAUGUAACUGUUUUAUUUCUAGUCAUGCAUAAAGUCUGGCUAGCCUUCUAGAAUACCCUUUUCUGCACUGAUGUCUUGAGUAUUGUGGUUCAUUUCUGUUCACUGCUAAUUAAGUGGUAAAUCAGUGCAAGCAGGUUCUUUGGACUGUAGCCACUGCAGACAAUAUUUUGUGUCUGUUCAUAGUAAUGGGAAAGCAUGGAUUCAGUCUCUUGCAUUGCUGCGUAUUGUUAAACUAUGACUCCUAAUUGACAUGCACAUUUAAUUUUAAUUUAUGCAACGAAAUUCAUGCAAGAGUUGCUAUAGAUACUGUGCGACUUGGGUAAACAACACUGAAGUCUCUACGUGUUGGUCCCAUGAUCUUAUCUGCCCACAACGCUACCGUGGCUGGUUUCUUUAGAAUGUUGGUUCAAUUUUGUUUCAAAGCAUCACUCAACAAAUAGGAUCAGGGCAGCGAGGACCAGUUGGAAAUUGGGCAGAAUUGUGUGGCAAACGUUUCCCAGUAUGCCACUUCAGGCUGCAGGUGUUUGGCCUGGUUUACACAAAGCAGGAUGAGGUGGCAGAAUGCUGAGGUGGUAAAGCAGACUGUACCACUUCAAAGUGCAGGCAAAAGAUUACCUUCUAGAUGUACUAUUCAUUCUUUUUAACUUGCUGAAUAUCUUACAGGAAAAAAUGGUACAGAUCAGAAUUACCUCAGUAUUACCUCAGAAUUAUACUACUUCAUUUUGCUGAAUGUGUAGACCAGUUUCGGGGAGGAGGAGCUUAAAUGGUUGA